AUGGAGGCCACGGUGCACAUAAUGGAUGAUUUGGAUUUCACUGAUGAGCAGAAGCUCAAAAGGCAAGUGUCUCUGCUUCGCGAUAAGGCGUACCAGUGGUGGUUGACUGUUAAGGACGACACUCAGCCUGAUCGGUUGUCAUGGGAUUUGUUUAAGACCACCUAUCAGAGUAGGUAUGUGGGAGCUAGCUACACUGACACUAGGCGAUGUGAGUUCCUGAAUCUCACUCAAAGGGUGACCGAGUAUAAGGCUGAAUUUUUUAGACUGAACCGUUAUGUGAGGGGCAUGGUGGCGACAGAGUAUGAGCAUUGUGCUCGAUUUAAGGAUGGUCUGCGAGACAGUCUGCGAGUUUUGAUAGCUUCACAAAGGGAGCGGGAUUUCUCAGCCUUGGUUGAGAAGGCCAAGAUUGCUGAAGAGGUGAAGCGCUCUGAGUGCCAAAACCGUGAGAAACGGAAAGCUAAGAGGGAUUCUAAGCCUUCGAAUACUGGGAUGAGGCCUAAGAAAAAGGCCAGGACUGAUUGGCCCGUGAGAGCUGGGCCUACUGUUGCUAUUCCUGUUGGGGUGGUGAUAUGUCAGCUCUAUAAUAGACAUCAUCUAGGCGAGUGUUGGAGGGCUACUGAAGCUUGUUUGAGGUGUGGUUCGGCUGAGCAUCGUGUUAAGGAUUGUCCACUGAUGAGUAAUCAAAGGCAAGCUCUAGUUGUUGAGACUGCACAGCUGCUAAGAGGGCCACAGCGGCCACCUAGGGGCCGAAGACAGGCUAGGGGUGGUAACAGUAUGAGUCGAGGCAAGGAGCACAAGGCAGAGGUGCUGGGCGACUAA